GAGAUGGCUAGUGAAGGUGGUAGCAGUGAUGUAGAGUCAGAUCAUGGAACCGAUCUACUUACUUCUCGUCCUCGUCACUCCGAGAAAGACGAUGAAGAGGAGGAGCAGGAGCGAGGAGGGAAUGAGAAAAGGACAGUCAGAGUUCUCCACUGUCUCCGUCGCUGGUGGAAGACGAUAGUUAUUCUGGGGACACCUCUCCUCCUCUCUCCCCUCCCCCUCUCCCUACAUUCCACUGUCAGACAAACCCUAUUCAUUCACUCACUCUAGUCUCUAUAAUCUUUCUCUUUUUGCGGGUUAAUUGGAGGAAAUUUAUUCAGACUUCCCUUUGCUAAUAAACACCUACAUCGAACUAUUGCUGAGCAGUGCAAUAUUUCGGUAAAUUAUUUUUAAGCUGACUACAGUCUAUUUUUUUCCAGAUAGCCUCUGUAUAUUCAAUUUCAUCACCUUAUAUAAAAUUAACACUUACAACAGAGGUAGAUGAGUCCGGAGCCCAAAAUUUGCCGGAUAUUAUUCUCACAUAAACAUACUCUCUUCACAAGUAGAAUACUAUCUGUGACUGUCUCUCGUCAGGAGGCAAUGGCGGCCUAUGCCAUAGCUAUUAUAGCAGUGUACUGGGUGACUGAGGCUCUACCACUGGCAGUGACGGCCCUUCUCCCCAUCUGGCUGUUCCCAGCCCUCGGAGUACUCAGUGCACGCGACACAGCCAGCAACUACCUCUCCGACACAAACAUGCUCUUCGUUGGAGGGCUCAUGGUUGCCGUGGCGAUAGAGAAAUGGAACCUGCACAAGAGGAUAGCUCUCCUGGUUCUGCUUGCUGUUGGCUCCAGUCCUAGAUGGUUGCUCCUGGGGUUCAUGGGUACGACGGCAUUCCUGUCAAUGUGGAUGAGCAACACGGCAGUUGCAGCCAUGAUGUUGGCCAUUGCUCACGCUGUGCUUCAGGAACUGGAGGAAGACAGCUCCUCUCACAGUAAUGGAGGGGGGCUCCCACAAUCAGCGGUGAAGAUAUUGUAUUCGAAGAGGUACAGUGAGGACUCGGGUGAGACCAAUGAAGAGGUUUCAGUGGAGAUUGGGAGAGAGGGGAGAGAGGGAGGAGAAAGAGAUGAGGCGAACGCCUCACUACUAGGGUCCAGGGAGAUGGAAAGUGGUGGUCAGAGAAGUGAGGGAGAGGAUGAUUCCUCUCUGCGGAGACUGGCCAGGGUCUUGGUGUUGGGAGUGGCGUAUGCUGCCAAUAUUGGUGGUACAGCCACUCUCACUGGUACAGGACCUAACAUUGUUCUCAGUGGACUCUCUGUCAGCCUCUUCCCAGAGAGUGGAGGGAUAAACUUUGGUCUUUGGUUCGUGUUUGCCACUCCAGCGAUGGUCCUGACCCUCCUCCUGUCCUGGCUGUACCUCUCCCUCCUCUUCUGUGAUGACAGCUUUGUUUGGGUGAAAAAGAAGUUGUUAAAGAGGAGGGUGAGAUUUCAGAGUGGGAGAGCAAAGAGGGUCAUCAGAGAGCAGUACCGACUCCUCGGGAGGAUCAAGUAUGCUGAGGUGGUGGUUCUGGGUCUGUUUGUCCUGCUCGCUCUGCUGUGGCUGUUCCGAGAGCCUCGGUUCAUCCCAGGAUGGGCCUCCGUCUUCCGCAGCAGUGGAGGGGCAAGUUACUUCAGUGACUCCAGCACAGCAAUGUUUGUUGUCUUUCUCAUGUUUAUCAUUCCAUCGCGCCCUCCCUGCUGGGGUAAAGGUGUAUGUAUGUGUGUGUGUAGGUUCUGGUGUGUCAUACCAACUAAGGCGGUGGUGGGAAUGGGAACGGGACUCUGUUGGAUUGGAACACAGUCCAGAGCAAACUGGCAUGGAACGUGGUCAUACUCCUGGGGGCUGGACUGGCUCUCUCAGCUGGUGCUAAGGAAUCAGGGCUAAGCUCGUGGGUGGGUCAUCAGCUGCUAUCUCUCAGGGACUUCCCCACUCCAGCCAUCUCUCUCUGUAUCAGUAUCAUCAUAGCAGGGGUCACAGAGGUCAUGUCCAAUGUCGCUACCACCACCCUCUUCCUCCCAGUGCUGGCCCAACUGGCUGUUGAACUGGGGGUGAAUCCUCUCUACUUCAUGAUCCCAGCCACUGUCUCUGCCUCAUAUGCCUUCAUGCUCCCCGUGGCCACACCCCCCAAUGCCAUGGCAUUCUCCUACGGCUACCUGAAGGUGUACCACAUGGUGCUAACUGGAGUCCUCAUGAACCUCCUGGGUGUGGGGAUAGUCACUCUCUUCCUCAAUACCACUGGGAGACUCAUCUUCCACCUUGACACCUUCCCCUCCUGGGCCACCAACAUUACCUCCCCUCCUGUCUGCCUGCAAUGGACAGCUCUCAACGAAACAUUCUAUAGCUCAGCCAACACUGGCUAGCUAUAUAGUGGCUAAGUUUUUGUCUUUCAAAUCUCAAUUCUAUUCCAGUA